AUGCAAGAUUUUGAAAACCAGAAAAAAAAUACCAACGAUGAAAAUGUGCAAUAUCUUGACUUCCAGCAACCCUCUGGUUCCUCUGAAAAUGAAAUUGGUGUUCAGCAAAAGGGAGAUCCGCCUCUGCGCGCGGCAGGAGUGCGAGUGAUGAUGGUAACCGGUGACCAUCCAGCCACCUCCCGAGCCGUGGCGCAAGAAGUUGGGAUCGCUACUAACCAGAAAUGUCAUGUCGUCACAGGCAAUGAAUUGAGGAACAUGACCCCAGAUUUGCUACAUUGGACUCUUGAUAAGCAUUACGAAAUCGUGUUUGCAAGGACUUCCCCAACACAAAAACUGCAGAUAGUGGAGGCUUGUCAGCGGCAAGGCGGUGUGGUUGCUGUUACCGGCGACGGUGUGAAUGACGCACCAGCGUUACGCCGUGCGGACAUCGGUAUCUCCAUGGGUAUUACUGGGUCGCAGGUGUCAAAACAAACUGCAGACAUUAUAUUAAUGGAUGACAAUUUUGCUACCAUCGUGACAGGGAUUGAAGAAGGAAGGAAAAUCUUCGAUAAUCUCAAAAAAUCCGUUUGUUACAUACUUAUUUCAAAUGUACCUGAAAUAGCUCCCGUUUUAAUGUUCAUAUUGUUUGCAGUACCAUUGCCGUUGGGUGUAAUGACGAUACUAUGUGUAGAUCUAGGCACGGACAUGUGGCCGGCUGUAGCACUGGCGUAUGAAGGUGCAGAGUCUGACGUCAUGGCGCGCACUCUUCGCGGUCGAGACACUCUCGUGUCGGCUCGUAUGCUAAGAUUAGUGUACGGACACUUAGGACUUAUUGAAUUCGCAGCUGGCAUGUUUGCCUACUUUAUCGUAAUGGCUGAACAUGGUUUUUAUCCUCUUCAACUAUUUGGUAUCAGGCAGAGAUGGGACAACGAGGCAGUAAGUGACCUUACCGAUUCGUUGGGCCAGGAAUGGACUUUUACAGAACGAAAGGAGGUACAACGAGCGUCCCAAGCGGCAUACUUUGUGGCAGUUGUACUCACGCAAAUGAUGAAUGGCAUAAUUUGCAAAACCAGAUAUAACUCUUUGUUUCAUGUCGGAAUGAGAAAUAAAGUUUUGAACAUGGGAUUAGUAUUUGAGAUAAUACUUUCUUGCGUUAUUUGUUACGUUCCCGGAGUUAAUACAUUCUUCCGAACCUAUCCGUUGCGGCUCAGAUGGUGGUUUUUAGCGUUGCCGUUUUGUGCAUUUAUGUUUGUAUUUGACGAAUUUCGAAAAUAUUGCAUUAGAAGAGAACUUUUUGGAGGAUGGUAUAACAGGUUGACAUUUUAUUAAAUCCAAUAAAGAACAUCCGAAAAUGUAUGCAACUGUCUCAGCUAAUUGCUAUGGUGAUACGAUAUUGCUAAACUAAUAUUAAAUGUAGGUGGUUAAUUAAAUGUUACAAAAUAAAACAAACAUAUCCAGGGCUUUGAUUUUUUCUGGAAUUUUACUUUAUUUUUGAUCCCACACAUACUCAGAUCUCUAAAUAAUAAAAGUUUAACAAUCAUUAAGUACCUAAUAUAAUGAGCAAAAUAACAAAAUUACAUAUCAGAAUCAGGUCACUUAAACAACAUCACAAUUUGAUGAUGGUCUGUCUGGUCAGGUGAUCAGACCUCACCAAAGUCAUUAAGAGAUUUGUUCUAUAAAAUUUGACAAUUGCAUUGUAAGUAAUGAAAUGCGUCCAAAAGUAUGCCAGUGCCGCAUUGUUACUUCCAGACUAGGAAUGUUGUUCUCA